AUGGAAAAGAACAUCCAACCGUUCGUCACAGAAAGUGCGGUUCAUAAUGAGAGGGUGGUAUCAUUCAUUAGAAAUAUGACAUUAAGUGUUUUUGGCUGUUCUGCUGGAAUUUUAGGGAUAACCUCUUACCACGGUGUUUUGUUUUACCUCUUUAGCUACCUGUUUGUCUCGUUUCUCAUUUUCAUGAUGAAGAUGGGCGGUAAUGUUCGUGAGUAUUACCAACCAGGCCCUAACUUUUGGUAUGCAAAAGUACUCGAAGGUGCUCCUUCAUUUGUGCUUUUUUGGACUCUUUUUUACAGUCUCGUUUACGUUUAUGAAUAG